AUGGAUCUCAGACCGGAGAUGCAGCCCGCCGUCACCUCAUCGGCCUCGCAGGUGCACCCGGGAGCUGUGGCCGCGGUGACCUCCAUCCCGGUGUCCAUGGCCGGCAACCUGCUGCGCGGGCCGCCGCUGCUGCUGCGCGCCGCCGAUAAGUAUCCGCGCACGCCAAAGUGCGCCCGCUGCCGCAACCACGGCGUGGUGUCGGCGCUCAAGGGCCACAAACGCUACUGUCGCUGGAAGGACUGCAUGUGCGCCAAGUGCACGCUGAUCGCCGAGAGGCAGCGAGUGAUGGCGGCGCAGGUGGCGCUCCGGAGGCAGCAGGCGCAGGAAGAAAACGAAGCCCGAGAGUUACAGCUGCUCUACGGCACCGCCGAGGGCCUGGCCCUGGCUGCCGCUAACGGGAUCAUCCCGCCCAGGCCCGGAUACGAGGUCUUCGCCUCGGUGGCCGGAGAGGCAGGUGGCUCCGAUUCCAGCGUCCAGAAGUUCGAUAUUUUCCCAAAGGGUCAAGCGUCCGGUCCCUCCACCCCGCCGCAGGCAGGCGGCAAGCAGACGCCCGCUGAGAGCGACUCCGCCCCGGGCAUCUCGUCCCCGGAAGGCCGGCCCGUUGGAGGCGGCUCCGGCUCAGAGAACGGAGACAGCGAAUCGUUCACCAACUCGCCAGCGGCCAAGCCCUCCAAGGACGGCGGGGAGACCCCCCGCUCCGUCAGCUCCCUCGGCUCGGACUCAGGUUCCGAGACCGACAAGGACGAGCAGGAACCGUCGCCCUCGCCGUCGUCCGUGGCCUCCAGGCACAUGCACGCCCUCGACAUCCUCUCCCGGGUCUUCCCCAGUCACAAGCGCAGCGUGCUGGAGCUUGUCCUGCAGGGCUGCGGGAAGGACGUGGUGCAGGCCAUCGAGCAGAUCCUCAACAACCCAGCCCAGGCGGGUCACCACAAGGCCGCCUCCGAGGAGCCUUGGAGCGGGGACAGGAUGUCGCAAAGUUCGCUGCCUCCUUCCACUUCCUCCUCAUCCUCCUCUUCGUCCUCCGGCUCGGCCGCCCCGGCCCCGACUCGACCCAUGCUGCCCGGCUCCAUGACGCUCAGCAACCGCUCGGCCUUCUCACCGCUGCAGCCCAACGCUCCCCACUUCGGCGCAGACCCGAGCGCCUACCCGCUGGGGACCCACUUGGGACUCAACCCGCUGCGGUUGGCCUACUCGGCUCACAGCCGGGGCCUGGCCUUCAUGACGCCCUACUCCACCACCGGUCUAAUGCCAGCCCUGGGCUUUCGACCUCCGAUGGAAUAUGCCUUCAGCGACCUCAUCCGGGACAGGACGAUGUUGCACAAGGAGCAGGGCUACGGCGGAGGGCUCUACGGGCCUCUGGUCAACAAUACGCCGGACAAACAGUGA